AUGCAGUCGGCCGUCUUCAACAGAGCGGGCCUUCGCUGCGCCAGCCAGGCCUCCCAGCGCAUGGGCAUGGGCACGCUCGCCACCUUCAAGACGCCCAAGGUGGCCAACGAGCCCAACCACCACUAUGCCAAGGGCAGCGCCCAGCGGCAGGGCCUGACGGCGGCCAUCGAGAAGCUCCAGCAGAAGCUGCCCCUCGAGGUGCCCGUCGUGGUCGGGGGCAUCGAGGUCAAGACGUCGUCCCUGUCGCACCAGCUCAACCCCUCGGACCACGCCGCCAAGGUCGCCUCGUAUUACACGGCGACGCCCGGCGACGUGACGCGGGCCAUCGAGGCGGCGCUCGCGGCCAAGCCGGCGUGGGAGUCGCUCCCCUUUGCCGACCGCGCCGCCGUCUUCCUCAAGGCGGCUGACCUCAUCUCGGGCAAGUACCGCUACGACAUCAUGGCCGCCACGGUGCUGGGCCAGGGCAAGAACGCGUGGCAGGCCGAGAUUGACGCCGCCGCCGAGCUGGCCGACUUUUUCCGCUUCAACGUCCACUACGCCGAGGAGCUCAUGAGCCAGCAGCCCGAGCACAACGCCCCCGGCGUCUGGAACCGCCUCGAGUACCGCCCGCUCGAGGGCUUCGUCUACGCCGUCAGCCCCUUCAACUUCACCGCCAUUGCCGGCAACCUGCCCGGCGCCCCGGCCCUCAUGGGCAACGUGGUCGUCUGGAAGCCCAGCGACUUUGCCAUUGCGUCCAACUGGCUGGUCUACAACAUCCUGCUCGAGGCGGGCCUGCCCCGGGACGUGAUCCAGUUCGUGCCCGGCAACCCCGAGGAGAUCACCAAGGUUGCUCUUGGCCACCGCGACUUUGCCGCGCUGCACUACACGGGCAGCACGGCCGUCUUCCGCAAGCUGUACGGGGCCAUCGGCGAGGGCGUCGCCGAGGGCCGGUACAAGUCGUACCCGCGCAUUGUGGGCGAGACGGGCGGCAAGAACUUCCACCUGAUCCACCCGUCGGCCGACAUUGACAACGCGGCCAUCCACACGGUGCGCGGGGCGUUUGAGUUCCAGGGUCAAAAGUGCAGCGCCACGUCGCGCGUCUACGCGCCCAAGUCGGCGUGGCCCGCGUUCAAGGAGAGGCUGGUGGCCGAGACGAAGAAGCUGACGGUGGGCCAGCCGUGGGACCACUCGCACUUCCUCGGCCCCGUGAUCCACGCGGCCUCAUUCAAGAAGCUGUCCGGGGCCAUUGACGAGGCCAAGGGCGACAAGGAGAUGGAGCUGCUGACGGGGGGCACGUACGACUCGUCGCGGGGCUACUUUGUGCAGCCGACCAUCUACCAGACGACCAACCCGGGGCACCGGUUCCUGUCGACCGAGUUCUUUGGGCCGAUCCUGACCGUGUACGUGUACGACGACGCGGGGCCCGAGGGCUUCGGCAAGGCGUGCGAGCUGGUGGACGGAACGUCCGAGUACGGGCUGACGGGGGCCGUGUUCGCGACGGACCGGCAGGCGAUCCGGUUCGCCGAGGAGCGGCUGCGCAACGCGGCGGGCAACUUUUACAUCAACUGCAAGAGCACGGGGGCCGUCGUCGGGCAGCAGGCGUUUGGCGGGGCGAGGGCCAGCGGCACCGACGACAAGGCGGGCAGCGCCAACCUGCUGACGCGCUUUGUGAACAUGCGGGCCGUCAAGGAGGAGUUUAACGUGACGACUCAGGUUGCGUACCCGAGCAACGAGGUCUAG